AUGAUCAACUCUCGCCAAAAUGCAAUUAUGCCUGUUGUUUAUGAUUUACCAUAUGUUCCUCCAAGCUCUUAUCGAAAAAAUCGUUCAGCAUCUAUUUCCGAUUCUUACUGUUUAUGUGGUAAUAAGCUUAAAUGUUUACUUGGACUCAUUCUUACUACUAUCGUUGGUAUUGCACUUGUCAUAGCCUUAGCAUUUAUUAUUACAUCUAUUAAAAACGACGAAUCGACAAACAACAAUUUAAUGAUUGAUGCAAAUAAUACUUCAGGCAGUAACAUCACGAUGAUAACAACAAAUGAUUUUGUUAAAGAUUCAGGAUGUUAUUUUGGUGGAGAUUUUGUUAAUCUCGUUAAUGGAAAUUAUCGACGAAUUGAUCAAUUACAAGUAGGUGAUCGUAUAUGGUCACUUGCUAACGAUGGACAAACAUUAAUCGAAGAUGAAAUGAUUUUAAUGAUGCAUUCCGAAUCAAAUAGUUCAAUUUCUUUCUAUACAUUUAUAACAUUCGACGGACAUUUUCUUAGUUUAACGGGUACUCAUUAUAUUGCCGUUAUUGAUAUCGAAUUGAACACAACAAUAUAUAUACAAGCCUCUAAAGUAGCAAAUAAACAUCAGCUUAUAAUGCCAAAUCGUACAGUUAAAAUAAAUAAAAUAAUCCAGUCUUUUCGUACUGGUUUUUAUUCACCAUUAACCACAACGGGUAAUUUACUUGUCAAUAAUAUUUCAACUUCAGUUUAUGUUGCUAGUUAUGAAGUAUUACCUGAAAUUCUUCAUAGAGUUUUUACUCCAAUUCGAAUGUAUUACUAUUUAAUGCGAUGGUUAUUUGGAAAUAAUUAUAAUCCAUUUGAAAGUAAUAUUACAAAUGGUUUACAUCCAUUACCUGCUUUUCUCAAAGCAAAUGAAACUACUAUUCGUUUUCUUUACAAUACUGAGAAGAAUAUGAUAUUAAUAAUUAUCAUGACUUUGACAAUGUAUCUAAGUCAAAAGUACAUUAAACGGAGUGCUAUAUGA